ACUUCCUCUGAGUGAGUUCAGUUACAGGAGAGAAAAGUGGAAAACUACAACCCUGCUGCUUCAACCUGCUGACACUCCACACACUGAAGCUUCACUCAGAGACCAAAUGGCUUCCAGAUCAGAGGAGGAUCUCUGCUGUCCAGUCUGUCAUGAUGUCUUUAGAGAUCCUGUUGUUCUGUCAUGUAGCCACAGCUUCUGUAAAGACUGUCUGCAGAGCUGGUGGACAAAGAAACCAACACAGGAGUGUCCAGUUUGUAAGAAAAGAUCUUUGUAUGAACCACCUUGUAACCUGGUGUUGAAGAACCUGUGUGAGGCCUUCUUACUGGAGAGAGAUCAGAGAGCUUCAGAGGCUCUCUGCAGUCUGCACUCUGAGAAACUCAAACUCUUUUGUCUGGACCAUCAGCAGCCAGUGUGUGUCGUCUGUCUGCAUUCAGAAACACACUCCAACCACAGAAUCAGACCUAUCGAUGAAGCUGCACGACAACACAAGAAGGAACUUCAGGAAACUCUGGAGCCCUUAAAGGAGAAGUUAAAGCUUUUUGAACAAGUUAAAGUGAAGUUUGAUCAGACAGCAGAAAACAUGAAGGUCCAGGCCCGACGCACAGAGACGAAGAUUAAGGAUCAGUUUAAGAAGCUUCACCAGUUUCUAAAAGAGGAAGAGGAGGCCAGGUUGGCUGCACUUAGGAGGGAAGAAGAGCAGAAGAGUCAGAGGAUGAAGGAGAAGAUGAAGGCUCUGAGCAGAGAGAUAGCAGCUCUUUCAGACACAGUCAGAGCCACAGAGGAGCAGCUGAGAGCUGAAGACGUCUCAUUCCUGAUCAACUACAAGGCUGCAGUGGAAAGAGUCCAGCAGCGCCCCCUGCUGGAUGAUCCACAGCUGCUCUCAGGAGCUCUGAUAGACGAGGCCAAACACCUGGGCAACCUGAGCUUCAACAUCUGGAACAAGAUGAAGGACAUGGUCUCCUACACUCCGGUGAUUCUGGACCCAAACACUGCUCAACCCAACCUCAUCCUGUCUGAAGAUCUGACCAGUGUGAGGCGAGUAAAGAGACAGCAGCUUCCUCAUAAUCCAGAGAGGUUUGAUAGAUACCGCUCUGUCCUGGGCUCUGAGGGCUUUAACUCAGGGACUCACAGCUGGGAUGUCGAGGUUGGAGACAGUGCAUUCUGGUCACUCGGUGUGUUAGCAGAGUCUGUCCAGAGGAAGGGAAACAUAGAGUCUGGAUUAUGGAGAAUAUUGUUCUCUGAAGAUGAAUAUGUAGCACGGUCCCCACCAGAUCCAGACACUGUUCUCGUAGUGCAGAAGAAGGUCCAGAGGAUCAGAGUGACUUUGGACUGGAACAGAGGAAAGCUGUUGUUCUCGGAUCUUGAUGCUAACACACACAUACACACCUUCAAACACACUUUCACUGAGAGGAUGUUUCCAUAUAUUGGCACUGAUGAUAAAGUGAAGAUAUCACCAGUAAAGGUUUGUGUGACAGUGGAACAAAGCAGUUACAGGGUUUUCCCUAGGUUCUAAGAGCACCUUUUUGCAACUGACGUCAUACGCUUCUUUAAAUACGAGUGAUGUCAUCACAAUUUCUUUGUAUAAAACUUAGUGGCUGUCGGUUGCAGCGAAAGAGAGGUCCUAUUAAACUCAUUAAAUCACUAAAGGAAAACUUUGUUAACGUUACUGCUAGCAUACUACUCACCGACAAACACCCUCUCUUUUUUCCUCUCUCUCUCAACUGCACACUCGCUAAUGUGUGGGCUGCAGCUGCUGCUGUGUACACAACAUACAUGGUGUGUAUGGGUGUGUGGAUGUGACACCCAUCCCACGUAUUGGCUGAUCAUCCAGAUGCUCCCCACAUUGUUUUUAAAUUCAUAAUACACCUAGGUUGUGCGCCCAAGCUAUAUUAUGGCAGGGAAAACCGUGAGUUAGUUAUAAAGAGGAUGAUUAUAUUAAUGAUGUUUAUUUCUUAAAGCGAAGUUGCUGAAUUUAAUGUCUUAAUCUGAACCUGUCAUCCUAAUGUCUCAUUAAUACAAAGAUAUGUUUAAUUUUCUUUCACUUACUGAUUUUGUUUCAUUUUUGUUGUUUUCUUUGACAGUCUGCUUUUUCACAUCACAUUCAUUUAUCUGACACGUUUACAAUACUGUACAACCCAACAAUUGCAAGAAUCUUGCAUAAAUAUUAUCUUCAUCAAAUAUGCUGAACUGCUUCAAGAGCUGCAUUCAAAGGAAAUAACAGAUUAAGGCUAUGUUCAGACUUGGAGUCUUUUUUGACUAGAGUGCUUUUACAGUAAAAAACCCCCCAAAAAACUAGCAGCGUUCCAAAAAGCAGCCGAGAGGGUCUUUUGUUGCUAUAACAACAGCUACUGCUACAGUAUCCUAGCUAGAGCACUAUGUGGAGCGGUGCUAACGUUAGAUAAAACAAAGCGGUGGAGCGAGGUAGAGAAAGAACAGAGAGAGAGAGAGAGCGGUGCUAACAUUCGAUAAAACAAAGCGGUGGAGUGAGCUAGAGAAAGAACAGAGAGAGAGAGAGAGAGAGAGAGAGAGAGAGAGCAGUGCUACGUUUGAUAAAACAAAGCGGUGGAGCGAGCUAGAAAAAGAACAGAGAGCGAGGGAGAGAGAUAUAGCAGUGCUAAAAUUAGAUAACAAAGAGGUGGAGCGAGCAAGAGAAACAACAGAGAGAGAGAGAGAGAGAGAGAGAGAGAGGUGCUAACGGUAGAUUAAACAAAGCGAUGGAGCGAGCUAGAGAAAGAACAGAGAGAGAGAGAGGUGCUAACAUUUGAUAAAACAAAGCGGUGGAGCGAGCUAGAGAGAGAACAGAGAGAGAGAGUGGUAUUAACGUUAGAUAAAACAAAGCGAGUUUCCUAAAGAGGGAGUACCCAGUCACAUCAUAAGUCGCUGUGCUCCGACUCGAUUUUUUCUUGUUGUUAUGGAAACGACAGGUCUGGCUACUCCGCUUGUCAUUGGUCGGCUGUCAAAAAACCGCUGGACGUAGCGUGUUCUUUCAGAAAAGUUGAAUUUUUUUCAACUUCAAAAACACUCCACGCUGCAGAAAAGAAGUCAGUGGUGGUGUUUUAAAAAUACACUCAGGACUUUUUUGAAAACGCGGUUUACGCCGUAGGAUUAUAAUGUAAAACAGACGCUGGCAGCUUAAAAAAGACGCCAAGCUUGAACAUAGCCUCCGAGUUUUUUUCAUAUGAAAAAUAAUUUGACCCAGUUUCUGAUCUUUUCGUUUGUUUAGCCUUUUUCUUUUUUAUCAAUACUGUUUUCAUUUUAAAUUGUUCAGGUUUUAUUAUUUUGACUUGUGUGUGCAGAGCCAUGACAACCAGCAAACACUUUGUAGAAGCUAAUUUGAUCCCAAAAUAUCAAUAACUACACGUUUGAGCAGCCAAUCAUUGUUCAGAUCCAACAAACUCUAUUUUAAAUCAUAGUCCAGAUUCUGGUUACAUUAAAUGUUUAAAAUAUGAAAACGUGUUUUACAUUUUCCAAAAUAUAUAAACAAUAAUAUAUUCGAUGUAAUAAAGAAAAGAGGAUUCUGUAAAAGUGUUUAAUUCAGUUGAAUAUUGCUGUGAUUUAUUGAUGUGCUUCAUGAUCUCGUGCACCAACUGGUACUAAACUGGUACUGGUACAACAGAUUAAUGUUGAAUCUUGACUGAAUUUCAUUUUUUUUUAAUCAGUUUUGUCUCAUUACUUUUCAAGAUUUAAAAUUAAAAUGCACAAUUAAUUUUCAUUAUUAUAUUUUCUCUCCUUUCAAGUUUUUAUUAAACACUUUUGAAAAUUCCAAACCUGU